GGUUACCGUUCCUACGAGUCACUCCCUCGGUGGUGGAGAUGUAGCUUCGGCUUGCAACACCGGAGCAACUGUCAUAGUAGCCGCUGGCUGAGUACCGGAGGAUGCUGGAGGGCUGAGGGAUGGCAGAGGUCGAGGCUACGUACGCCGACUUCAUCGCAUCGGGGCGCACAGGCCGGAGGAACGCCAUGCACGACAUCCUGCAGAGCCCCAGCGACCCGCAGGGGGGCCAGCUGCCCCUCAGCCUGUCCCUGUCCCAGCUGCACAUACACACUGCCCGCAGAGAUGGGGGAGAUGCUGAGGACAGCCAGGGCUCCUCAACGUCGGUCCAGAGAGAGAUGGCCCAGAGGAACAGCUAA